GUGGAAAGGACUGAAAUGUCCUUCAUAUAAACCGGUGACAAAGUGGCGAGCAGCGGCCCCCGGGAAGCAGAGAUCACAGCCAGCUCAGAGAGAGACAGACACACAGAGAGGAGGAGGAGGAGGAGACCGGAGCACCGAGCACCGCGGACAGGAGCUGGAUACACGGACACACCGGAGAGACACCGAGAGAGAGAAAGAAACACUCAGCCGCAGAAAAACAGAGGAAACUAAUCCGGACGGAGCAUCCUUCACCCCACCGACAGGUGUCUUUUGGCUGCUGAAUUCUCAUCUUUACGUCUGCAGAGAUGGGUGUCACUUCUCGCCCUCUGCUAUUGGUCUGCGCGUAUUUUGCGGCUGCGCUGAUUGGUGGAGCUCACUCGGAGGGGGUGUGUCUUCAAGACGGAAAGCACAAGGCCACGCCCGGCCCCGAGCCACACCUAAGGGAAUGCGGGCUGUACGCUGACAAUAGCUGUUGCACAGAAGAAGAUAUCCAGGAUAUCUCACACGUCCCCUCUGCUGGCAAUAAGAAUGAGCCCUGGGACAAAUGUGGCCCCCUGAGCGCCGAGUGUGAGGGCUUCCUAAAGCGUGUGUCGUGUUUUUACCGCUGCUCCCCCGAUGCCGCACGCUGGCCUCACCCCCACCGCCGCUCGUACAUCCAGGCCGUGCCGCUCUGCCACAGCUUCUGCCGUGAUUGGUUUGAUGCCUGCAGGAUGGACAUGACGUGCGCUCGUAACUGGGCCAGAGACCCCCGGGGACAGAACUGCACUGGAACCUGUGUUCAGUAUCAGCAGAUGUACCAGCACGGCAGGGACCUCUGCGAGAGCCUGUGGGGCGACGCCUUCAUGACGGUGGAGGAUGAGCCAGAGGACGUGGGCGAGGCCGGAGAUGUCGGAGCGGAGGGUGACGGCGGUCGCCCCUGCGGCUGCCUGACCCUCAGUCCCUCAGACAAGGACGUGAUCGCCGCCCUCAGGGCCCAGCAGGACGACCCCGAGGAGCUGGACACCACCAAGACCGGCCUGCCUCAGUACCGGGCCCCGUGCCAGACCAAGCUGCCCCUGCAGGCCAGGAGCGGCAGGAAGGGGAACUCUGUGCUGCGUAAACGCUCCAUCAUCGUGGACGACGUGGAGGGGAGCGGGAGCGGCUUGUAGAGAGGAGCGAUAGACGGCAACAUAUUUAGAGAUUAUUGUCUAGAUCCUAAUCUGUCUCUUGAAACAGAGUUGCUCCUCUGACUAACCGUACCACUCAGACCUAAACUGUCAUUAUCAUCAUAUUCCACGUAUAAUCCCUGCGGUUUGAAAUAAUGAUGUAGCUGCUGAGAGACGUCCAACUCUCCCAAUAAUAGUCAUUUAUUUGAACAACCUAAAUAGCCAGAAUUAAAUAAACAGUAACUAUUAACGAUUUAAAGGUAAAAACCUGAAAUAUUCAAGGGCUCGGACUUUAAUAAUAAAAACGAGUGUUGAUAAAGUCGAGUGUUUUUUCGGCAGAUGCUUUUUACACCCGAGUUUGAAUAGCCAUCAAUGCUAUGUGCACUCGGUGUAAAAAGUGGCUAUGUGCACCCAGCUCACAAUCAGGUUCGUUUGUCACCUCCGUAAUACACGCUAAGCAUACGCGGGAGUGAAAUAUUGUUCUCCACAGGUCAGGGUGAUGUUUAAAACAUAAAAGACACGUUUAAAAACAUGUAAACAUGAAAAAACAAUACAAAACACAUGAAAAACAUGUAAGAAAUGUGUUUUGUACACCCGAGUGAAAAUGGUCACGUGGCUUUUUUCACUCGUGUGUGAAUAGUCAACACGUUUUCAUCGCAAGUCGUCAC